ACUAAAGGAUGAAAGGUUGGAUGGAAUUCACUCACAUGAUCUUUGCCUUUCAUAUACAAAGAGAUGAAGGUAAAUAAAGGUUAAGGUGUUACUGUUACAUUUUAAUAAACAAAUAUAACAUACGAGUGUUUGAGGUCAAAGACGAUGAACAACACUGAGGAGAAGACAAACAACGCCGUCCCUCAUGAAGACGCUGUGGACGAUCACGUGUCCCAUGUUGGAGACAACGUAGGAGCAGGUAUUUCUGAAGCUCAAAUACGAGUUUUCAAGGCUAAAGUGGAGAUUUUACACGAAGAACUGGAUCAGCUCUUGUGUGAAAAUUAUAAGAAGGAAGAUGAAAAUGCUAAACUCAGAGCUAAAGUGAAGGAUCUUGAAGAGGAUCGAUCCAGAUUACAGAAGACCAUCAACUCUCAGCAAACACAGAUGGAGAAGCACAAAGCUUCAGUGAAAGAAUCUGACAGAAAAUCUGAGGCUCUUCAAACACAAGUGUCUGCUUUAAACAAGGAAAUAGAAAAUCUGAACCGAUCCAGCAAACAAGCAGCGUCUGCUCACAGCAGCAUGGAGGUUCGUCUGAACAGAGCUCUGGAGGAGGUGGAGAGGACAAAGACUCAACUCAGCAAGAUCACACACAUCAACAAGGACAAGAUGAAGGAGGAAAACCAGAGUAAAGAAAAUGUCCUCGCUGAAAACAGAAUGUUAAAAAAGCAGAAAGCAGAUUUGAUCGUGGGAUUUAAGAAACAGCUCAGACUCAUUGAUCUUCUGAAAAAACAGAAGUUGCAUUUAGAAGCUGCCAAACUGUUGUCGUUCACAGAGGACGAGUUCACGAAGGCUCUGCACAGAUUCAGCGUUUAACUUUCUUUAUUCAUUCAUUCAUUUAUUUAGUGAAAAAGUAAGUAAAGAAUGGACAAACUACGUUUCCAGAAAAAUGUUAGGAUUCUUUUUCAAAAUGCAAUAAAACUUAAAUGUGUCUGAAUCACUUGAAUCACUGACAAACAAAUGUGGAGCAAGAAUAUUCAUCAAUUUUAUACAAAUGGAAUUAAAUGUGUUCAUUUUCUUUGUCCCUUGUUAAACAAAGUUUUAAUUGAAUUAACAAAUUAACAAAAAUAUUUUUUACUGCAUUUUUAGAAAGUGUCCAAAGCUUCUAUCUUGAACCCUUGUUUGUUUUUAUAGUUUUAGUUAUAUACAGUUUAUAUAUUUGUCUCAUUGACAGUCGUACAUCAGUGUUUAUGUAACCGAUGAGUUUGUGUGUUUUAUUGAGCGAGGACACACAGGAGUUGACUUCUGAGUGACGUCACACACAGUCUCUCACUCAAGCUCCAUACAUUUAAAACUAUUUAUGAAUACAUGUGGAAAUGAUCAAAUGUAAGAGAUUCGUUAAAUAAAAAGAGAGUAUAUAAAAUAUAUACUUCAGUAAAGUCUAUAACACGCUGACAGAGUGCAGUGAUUCGCCUUAGUUUUCAACUCAUUUUAUAAAGUUUUUUUUACAAUAAUCUAGGACAAAAACCUCAUAACAAACAAAC